GAAAGGAUCCGAGAGAUGGACGGUGUUGGGGAAGGAAGAGGCGAUGCAGUGACACGAAAUGGACUUCGUCGUGGCAGUUGCUCGGAAGAGGAAGGAAACGUCUGGGGAAACGGUUUCUCGGUUAUUUUUACGCCUCGGAAUCGAAGCUGCGGUUUAAAAGCAGUAGAGUGGGAGAGAGGGAGGGACAGGGAGAGGGAGCGUGGAUCGGAAGAGGCGGAGGACGGAGCGGAGCGGAGCAGGGAGGCGCGCCGGCUGCAGAUAGUAGGCGACGCGAUCAUGUCUUGGUGGCAGAGGAAGGUAGUGUUCCCCGUCAAGCGAGCGUGGCUCGCCGUCUCCUCUCGCGUCAUCAAGUCGCGGAAGCACGACCAAAACAAACUGAACAAAAGCAAAUCACAGUGGGGGAAUACUUAAACUCAACAACGAUGUGCAAAUGUGUGGAUACCGGGAUGUGCAAGUUAUGUGGGAAAUCUUAACUAAAUCUGAUGCGGAAACAUCAACCGUGUCAAAGCCGCGCAAGAGAUCAUUUUGGAGGCUCUCAUCUUGGUAUAGUAGAGCAACAUCAACCUAGUUUCUUGAAGCCUUUCGAUGAAAGAUCCAAGCAUAUAUAGAGCGUGAGCUCUUCUAUACUUGCUAG